UUGUGUGUCAUAAACAUGGAGGCUGAACAUACAGGAGGUAUUUUAGAAGGUAGUGAAGGCGUUGGUAUUGAUAUUAUAAAUGCUGAAGUUGUAAUUGUUCAACAAGAAAAUGUCAAUAUAAUGGACAUAACAGUGGAAACUCCACAAAAUGUGGAACAAGUAGAGUUGGUAGAAGAGAUGCCUGGCCCUUUGGCAAAGAAAAGGAAGAAAAACGAAAGAGCAUGGAAGAAAACUGUUGCAAAAGUUGCUAGACACCGCCCGAAGGGAUUUCCACAGAUGCCUAGUUGUAAACAUUCGGCCAAAAGUAAGUACCGCUGCGCAGAACUUUCCCUGCAGGAUGUUAGAAAGAUACAUCAGCAAUACUAUAAAGACGCUGACCUUCAAUCAAAGAAGAAUUUUAUUCUUCAGCACGUCAUUGUUUCCUCAGCAAAAAGGACUCGUCUUCCAGAAGGUAUCAAAUCAAAAAGAAAUGUAAGUACUGACUUUUUCUUACCUAAAAUGAGGAACAACAAAACUGAGAAUGUUAAAGUAUGUCGGGCAGCACUACUUACAAUUUUGCAAGAGAGUAAAAACCGAGUGCAAUUGAUUUGCAAAAAGUACCUGGAAACAGGCGUCGUACCUUUGGAGACUCGUGGAGGAGCACGCCAAGUUGAUAAAUAUAAUAUAAAGAAAGACAGCAUCAAAUCUUUUAUUAAAACAUUUAUUCCAGUACAAAAACACUAUUGCAGAGCGAAAAACAAGCAUAGGCAAUACCUUCCAAGUGAGCUUAACAUUACAAAAAUGUGGAAAAUGUAUAUUGAGCAGCAUCCAACUGAAGAAUUAAAGUGUGAGUAUGACUUUUUCAGGCUGGUUUUUUCUGAGAACUUUAACAUUGGUUUUGACGCUCCGUACACUGAUAAGUGUUCAACCUGCACAAGGCUUGAGUGUGAACUAGCCACAGAAAAAGAUGCAGGCAAGCGUGAAACACUAAAGCUAAACCUAAAAGCCCACAAAGUCCGUGCAGACAAAUUCUACAAACUUUUGCAAGAAAAUAAUGAUAAAGAGCUUAUUCUGAGCUAUGAUUGUCAGAAAAAUCUUGUCCUUCCUAAAAUACCGGACCAAGCCGCAUACUAUAAGCGCCAGCUAUAUCUAUAUAAUUUUGUGAUUUGUGAGGGACAUUCUAAAGUCCUCUUGAAUUCAGAAAACACCUUUUCUUACCUCUGGACUGAAAACCAGUAUGCAAAAGGGUCCAGUCAAAUUGCAUCUGCUGUUUACCACAGGUUAACAAGCGCUAACAUGGAAAAUGUCACCACAGUCAAACUUUUCUCUGACGGCUGUGGUGGCCAAAACAAGAACACAACUGUUGUCGGUAUGAUUGCUCAUUGGCUCCUGAAAGAUGCACCUAAACAUGUUACUAAAGUUGUACUACUCUUUCCGGUAGUCGGCCAUUCUUUCAUUCCCCCUGAUAGAGUGUUUGGAGUACUUGAAAGGAAAUUUCAAGAUCUGAGUGUAAUCAACAAUCCCAAUGAGUACACUGAAAUAAUUGAAAAGCACUGUACUGUUGUGAAACUUGGGACGGAUUGCCCUGUGAGUGAUUGGAAAACUCUAACCGAUGCUGUUCUAAAAAAAACCAGGACAAUGGCAUUUUCAAUUUCAAAAGGCCAAGAAAUUUAUCUUUUCAAGAAGUAAAAGUAAUCCAAACUCCAUCCUGGUACAAGGAGAAGCAAACUAUGUAUUUGAAAUCGGCGAGAGUAAGUCAGUAAUGAAAAGGGGGAAAAAUUUUGACAAUGCAGUUUUGAGAGUGAUACAAGAAGGACACCCAGUGAAACAAGUAAAAAUCAAUGAUGUGAAAUGCUUGCUAAAUCUCCACUAUGGAAAUGACUGGCAACGGGAGCCAAAGUUGAAGUUUUUCAAGGACUUAUUCCAGCUACCUACCACCAAUCAAGGCGAAGAAGAUGAUGAUGAUGAUUUUGAAAUAAAUGAAGAGGAUGAGCCUAUG